GAGGGACUAGUGAGUGGUUCUGCUCGCCAAACAUUCCACAUUCCUCUCAAAGCACCAUUUCACUUUUAGCCAAGGGUCGCAGUGUAAUGAAGAGCUGACCACAUCGUUUAACCUGGAUUCCAUACGUAUGUCCUGACCUAACUUCGCUCCUGGAGUCGACGAGCCCGUGUUUUGGACUGUACAUGUGGCUAUUCUGCUGUUGUUCUGUGACGAUGAAACGCGCCGCGAAACGUACGAAGGGAGGUGGAUACGGUAGUCCGCGAAGAGGUGUGAAGAAUUUUGUGUACGCAUAUACGGCUCUUACGGCCCGUCAUGUGGAUAUAAAUAACCACGUUCAAUCAGAAAAUGGCGGAACAGACAUAAACAUCGGCAUGCCGUCACGAGCUGCACGUGACAAGAGGAACCAAUCGCGGCUGCAGAGCGGAGCUGACCGUGGGAAGCUGUCCGUGUUAGAGGAAGAAUUUAUUUAUGCGGCUGAAUUUGGGGAUAUACCUACCGCCCAGAGGAUUCUAGAGGAAAACAGCAAUUUCAGCGUUGAUUACAGUGAUAUAUUGGGACGUACACCGCUGAGACUAGCGGUAGGCAAUGAACAUUUAGAGGUGGUGGAGUUGCUGUUGGACAGAUGUAACAUUUCCAGUAUUCAUGAGGCACUUUUGCAAGCCAUCAGCGCUGGACAUGAGCAGAUUGCCGAGACAAUCCUCAAACAUCCCAAGUACCGUGAUGCUAAAAAAGAGAACAAAAGGAUCGGAGAGACAGAUUAUUUUUUUAACACAACCAGUGAGGACUCGCCAUUUUCCUCCGAUAUCACGCCUUUGAUUCUAGCGGCAGAGAGAAAUCAGUUUGAGAUCGUACAGUUACUCCUUUUACGUGGGGAGACCAUACAGAAACCGCAUCAUUAUUAUUGUGCCUGUCAAGAAUGCAGUAAUAAACUGCAGUUUGACCAGCUUCGGUUAGCGAAGACAAGACUGAAUGCGUACAAAGGUUUAGCCAGUGGCGCCUAUAUAUCUCUGUCCAGUAAAGAUCCAGUUUUGACAGCUUUUGAUUUAGCACGAGAACUCCGGAGAGUGGCGCGGGUGGAAAAGUAUUUCAAGAACGAAUACUUGGCUUUGGCAGACCAGCUAAGUGAUUACGUUGUAAAAUUACUGGAUAAAGUGCGGGGCCACGACGAACUCGAAAUUUUAUUGGAUAAAACUGGGAAGUCAAGCGACACUAAUUCUUACGAGCGGUUAGCCCGAUUGAAGCUCGCCAUUCGCUACAAUGAGAAAAAGGACAUCAUGAAGUUCGCCAUUAUAUUCGGGGUGAUAUUCGCCGCGUUCAUGGUCGGCCUUCAGAACCUUUAUUGGUACCUUGGAGAAACAUUUCAGACUGUAUUUUGGUCUCUGUUUGGACGUGGCGAGUCAUCCGUUGUAGAGCUGGACGAAUUCAACCACACGUUCACACAAAACGUUGGCUAUUGUAUGUUUGGUGCUUACAACAUAACAACUGUGAUCGUGCUUCUUAACAUGUUGAUUGCCAUGAUGUCAAGGUCGGUUGAACUGAUUCAGUCUGAGGCGGAUACUGAAUGGAAGUUCGCCCGCACAAAGCUGUACAUGGAGUACAUUAACGACGAUUGUACGCUGCCAGUUCCUUUCAACAUCAUCAUCCCCACCCCUAAAGCUAUUGUCUACAUCGUUCAGUUCUUCUGGAAGAAAAUCCGGAAACCUGAACCGGAAAUCAGAGGUCACCCCGGGCGGAUAAAGGACAUCGAGUUGUAUAUCGGCUCAACCAGUGGGAACGCCAUUUUAAAUCUACAUGAACACAAAAUAGGCCUACAUAGGCUACCAAAAGAAAAUACCCAGGGGCAGGUUCGGAGGAGUGGUAGGUCCAACACCAGCGACAAGAGAGCUUGGGACGAACUAGAAAGCGACGCCGCGUCAAAUAAGGGUAUUAAACAUUUCCAGCAGACCAUGAGCACGACCAAUGGGUUUGUGAGGACGGAUUCUGAUCCCGGCAAUUUCCCGCAAAAACUCACCUAUCAGAGAGUUAUGAAAAGAAUAGUAAAGCGGUACAUCUUUGAUAUGCAAAGAGAAAGUGACGUCAAUGAAGGAGACUUUGACGAAAUCAAGCAGGAUAUUUCCAGUUUCCGGUACGAGAUGUUGAAUCAUCUCAGCAGUAGUCAGAGAGAAACCAAAACAAACACUAGUAAACUGGAAGCUCUAGAAACCAAAGUUAACCGUCUGAUUGAACAUCAGCUCCUGCUUCUGAAGCACCUGAACAUCAAAGACCCAGGACCAAAAACAGAGCCUCUAAAAUCGUCAUUUAAGAAGCAUCACAGGAGUGACACCCAGAUUUCACCAGAAAGUGCCAUUUUUGACUAUAUUGACGAGGAGCCAGGCGACACACAGUCUAGUGACAUCGUGCGAGAGAGCAGCGUGCGAAUCUCCUUGCAUGGAGAGGCAACGGGUGUGUCGAGAGGAGAUGCUGAGGCGAAUGAUGAUUCCCAGCCGGACAAGAGCGAUGUAACGCACGUUGAUGCUCAAGUCCAAGUUGAAUAUCCAAGUGCCUCCAAACUCGAUGUCCGUGACGUUUAGCCCAAAGGUGGGGCGCCGGCCAUAUUUCAGUUAAUACAGAAUUAGUUAUAACCAAAUUCAUCGGUAAAUCUUCCAACCUUGUCCACCCUCACUUCUACUCAUUGUCGGAGACUGAAUACAAACAGUCAUUCGCGCAUUCCUACCCGCAGCUUUGACCAAUGUAGUUUGGAUAACGCAUUCGUGUAUUGUAAGAGUUACAGCUCAUAUUUACCAGGUUUAUCCCAGUGAUAUCAGUAUUUAAUCAUUUCUCAAGAAAUGUCAGACAGUGAAACCAACCAAACCAUACCAAAAUCACCAUAAAGAUAGACAAAAUCAUUCAGGUUGGCAAAAGGCAGAAACUGACCAUAUUGAAGUGAAAUCUCAACUGACCAAGAAACUAAAUCAGAAUUGGGUUUCAAUACACGCUUGGAAUUUACGUGUACAGUGUACAUGCACACUUUGUUAUCCCCUGUUUAUAAGGGGUAGACAUCGUUUAAUACUGUACGUAUGCAGUAUUUGUUGUCCUUGUUUUGUCUAAAAGCUAUUUUCUUACGCAAAAGGCUCAUCUCGUACUCCUCACAUCAUUACCAUAUGGACUGUAUUGCUGGCUGUAAAUAAGUGAACACCCGGUUAUAAACGCUCGGUUUAAAGUGCGCGGGUGAGUGGUCUUCCAAGAUGGCGUACAGAAGGGUCACCGUUAGAAUCACUGUGAUAUCUACCAGGAACUGGACAAGAAGACCACUGCCACAGAAUUCUCUUGCUGAAGUGUGUAUGUUGAAGGGUACAAUUACAUUGUCUGGUUUUGUACGCUUAAAGGGUCUCAGCGAACACAGCCCAGUGGAUUUACACUACGCUUUUGGUGCCCUAACGUAUACAAAAGGUUACAGUUUGCUCCCAUUAAACCAAAAAGCAUAUUUAUAUGUCUCCGUUUCGUACGUCUCAUGUCUCAUGUCUCAGUUUUAUUAGAAAGCUCAAAGCGUGGUCCGUUUAUUCUUAAAGACAUCAACUUUGUAUGAAAAAUCAGUGUUUAUGAUGUGAAAGUGGCUGAAGAUUUUUGCAAGUUUGUGAUCUUUGCGUGUUUAUGUAGUCGUAUCUAUAUAUCUCACUCGUCUUUCGUGGGCCCUCGGACACAUCCGUCCAGAGGGUACAGUCUUAUUCAGUGACGUCAAUCGUGACACAUUACAUAUUUAAUGACCACGAUCAAAAAUUUUCCAAUUUUUUUGUCCAGUUGCAGGAAACGAUGCAUUUAACGCAACUUGAAGAAACAUAUUUCAGGGAGCCUAAAUGCUUCAUAAAAACAAUACCCUAAACUCUACCGGAACCUCAGUGAAACCAGUUCAGUAUAUUUGUGUGAAUGUAUGUUUCUCUGCUGUAUUUAAGACAGUGAUCAUUUAACAGACUAAGAACAGGACAAAAAUGGAUGACGAUGUUUCUGGAUUAGAGAAUACCAGAUAUGUAUAAACUUGAUUUCCUACCCCAAGUCUGAUGCUUGCCGCAUCGUUAAAGAGGCUACAUCUAUACCGCAGACUUUUGGCAAAAAAUCCAUAUUCGCUGUUACCGAUUUGACCGGUAACACAUACAAAGACAAGACUGAUAUUUUGUGAAAGGUAAUUAUUUGGGCUGUUCUAAAACAAUAGCAAAACUAGACUGGAUUUGCGGUGAUGGAUGUUUUGACCAAACAUCUCCGGUAUAGGCUCUUUAUAGUACAUGCAUGCCUUUUAAAAACGUGUACACUGAAUUGAUUCAUCGGAAAGGGCGUUCAGUGUGGAUAUGAAUAAAAUUUACAUGUUCCUGAAUAACUAUCUCUUACAUGACUGUGUAUCAUUUUCAGACAGAACACGUGCCUAGAUUGCUGCGUGACGAAAUGCAACUACUUUUAAGUAACCAUGUGUGAUAAGAAACGUAUUUUAGUUGGCGGUAGCACUUUGUAGGCGUAGUAAUUUCACAGAAACAGUCAUCAUAUAUUUAUAUUUAUGUAAAAAAAUAUGUAAUAUAUAGUAGUAGUCUGAGUUGCAGUUAUUUUAAAUCUCGAAAUUCGUCCGAUAUAUAUCAAAUGAUUUUUCUUUUAAAAUGUGUCCGUUUUCGAAAUCGAUUGCGAUUGGCAAAGACUUUCACAAUUUGUAAAACAGAAAUUAUACGGACAUAUUUGAAUGAUUAUAGAAAAAUAUAAGUAAAAAGACAGAUUGCUUUAUUAUUGAUGGUUUGACUCAUUAGUAUAAAAAUCAUGGUGUCUUUUGUAUUCUGUAAAUACGUUUGUAAAUAUUUGUACAUAACUCGCGCUGAAGAACACCAAUGUCCUGUGACAUUAUGCAUGUGUGUACCUACUCACAAUGUGUCCCGGGUAUUAUAAAGUUAGCAUGUUAACCAGUAUGUCUUUCUCUUCACGCGUUAA